UGAAAUAAUGUGUGAGAUUUUGAAGCCAUUUUUCACUAUUACAAACUUGAUAUCCGGCUCUUCAUAUCCUACAUCAAAUCUGUACUUUGGUGAAAUAUGGAAGAUUGAGUGCCUCAUAAGAUCUUAUUUGACAAGUGAAGAUCUUUUGAUUCAAAAGAUGGCUGAAAGUAUGAAGGUGAAAUUUGAUAAGUAUUGGAGUGACUAUAAUGUUGUUUUGGCAGUUGGGGCUGUUCUUGAUCCAACCAAAAAGUUUAACUUUUUGAAAUUUGCUUAUGAAAAACUUGACCCACUCACUAGUGAGGAGAAGUUGAAAAAAGUUAAGAUGACUUUGGGGAAGCUUUUUUCCGAGUACAUCAAGAAUGGAAUUCCUUCUAAUCUAAGCUCUUCACAAGUCCAGCCUAGCUAUGGUGGAGGAACUCGAAUUACGUCAUCUUCAUAUGAUGAAUUUGAAGAGUAUGAAAGCCAAUCAAGUAGCAACACCGGAAAAUCAGAACUUGAUACUUAUUUAGAUGAGUUGCGGAUGCCUCUAUCUGCAGAAUUUGAUGUCUUAGCUUUUUGGAAGGAAAGAAGUCGUAGAAGUCCAAAUCUUGCAAGGAUGGCUUGCGAUAUAUUGAGUAUUCCAAUAACAACGGUGGCAUCAGAAUCUGCGUUUAGUAUUGGCGCCCGAGUUGUGAAUAGGUAUAGAAGUUCAAUGAAAGAUGAUUCUGUUCAGGCUCUCUUGUGCGCACGUAGCUGGUUGCAUGGUUUUGAAGAAUUAUAUGAUGACAACAAUGAUGUUCAAGAAGAUGAAACUCAUGGAAGUGGACAAGCAUCAAAUAGUACUGUGGAUGUUGUGAACCUUGAAGAAGAUUAAGUGACUUUGUUGGGAGUGAUUUUUUGGAUUAAAACUUUUGUUAUGUUAUUACUUAUUCUGGAUAAUUAGUAUUUUGAAUUUAGAAUCUUCAUUCUGGAUAAUUGGUGACUUGUGUUAAUGUUACUAUGGA